AUGGGAGGGGGAUUUAGAGUACUUCAUCUUGUAAGGCCAUUUCUUCCAUUUUUACCACAAGUUGAAGGGGUAGAUGAAACCAUACCAUUCAGAGAAAAGGUCAUAUACACCGUGAUAUCCCUCUUCAUUUUCCUAGUUUGUAGCCAGCUACCGUUGUAUGGCAUCCAUGGAAACACCGGUUCGGAUCCUUUCUAUUGGAUGCGGCUGAUUGUAGCCUCGAAUCGAGGGACUGCCAUGGAGCUCGGCAUCACCCCCAUAGUCACCUCAAGCAUGGUGGUGCAAUUCUUGGUUGCUUCAAAUAUAUUUCAAGUAAAUUACAGCGUGAGGGAGGAUCAAGAGCUCUUAAAUGGGGCGCAAAAGUUGCUGGGAAUCCUCAUAACCUUGGGCCAGGCAACUGCUUAUGUGCUUAGUGGAAUGUAUGGGAGUUUAAGCCAACUUGGAGUUACGAAUUCAGUUCUCGUAGUUCUUCAGCUUACUUGUGCGGGAAUUGUUAUCUUGUGCCUCGACGAAAUGCUUGAGAAAGGAUACGGUUUAGGCUCCGGAAUUACCCUUUUCACGGCCUCCAAUAUUUGUGAAAACGUGAUAUGGAUGACAUUAAGUCCUGCCACAAUCAAUAUAGGGCGAGGACCGGAGUUCCAAGGGGCCGUUAUUGCCUUGAUCCAUUUGCUUAUAACUCGGAAUAACAAAGGUCAAGCUCUUCGUGAGGCUUUCUAUAGACAAAAUCUUCCCAACAUGACCAAUUUAUUAGGCACCCUUUUGAUCUUCCUCAUUGUUAUUUAUUUCCAAGGAUUUCGAGUAAUUGUGCCUCUAAUAUCAAAGAAUGGUAGGGGAAAAAGAGGUCAUUAUCCUAUCAAGCUGUUUUACACCUCCACUAUGCCCAUUAUACUGCAAUCUGCCUUUGCUACCAAUAUUUACUUUAUUUCUCAGCUUCUUGAUAAAAGAUACAAUCAAAUGUUUAUAGCGAACCUCCUUGGAAAAUGGAAGCAAUCUAAGGUUUCUGGCAUAUCAAUUCCAGUUGGUGGUCUAGCAUACUAUAUCACAUCUCCACCAAGCUUCGCUAGUGUGAUUGAAGAUCCUUUCCAUGCACUAUUCUACAUCAUCUUUAUGUUAUCAGCGUGUGCAUUGUUUUCCAAGAUUUGGGCUGAUGGUUCUGGAUUCUCUGCUGAAGAUGUGGCUCAACAAUUAAAGGACCAACAAAUGAUGAUUCCAGGACAUAGACAAUCAAGCAUAUACAAAGAAUUGAACAGAUACAUACCCACAUCAGCUAUAUUCGGAGGCAUGUGUUUAGGAGCUAUCACAAUUUUGGCAGACUUACUAGGUGCCAUUGGUUCGGGCGCUGGUAUUUUGCUAGGGGCUACUAUUAUUUAUCAAUAUUGUGAGGCUUUUGAGAGGGAGAAAGCCUUUGAUCCUCCUUUUUUAGGCUUCUAACUAGUUAUUAGGUCCGGACUAUGUUUCGGGUAAGAAAAAAAAUUCAUUUAUUGAUAUAAUACUUUAUGAUAAUAACACUGAAUAUAACUUAGUCUAGUGGUUAAGACUUUACCAUAUGUACUUGAGGUCUCAUGUUCAAACG